AUGCUUCCGCUGCUGUUCGAGUUUGGCACGGAGCUGGCAUUUCCUGUGUCGGAGUGUACCACCGCGGUAGUGACCAUUUGGGCCGCUAGCGCCGCAGGCUUUAUCUUCACUCGGAUAUUCAGCCUCGUCCUGGGACCACGGCGCGCGAUUGGGGACACACUUGUGUCGUGGUGCAUUGCCAUUGUGUUCAUGCUGACUGGUGGAAGGAGUAUCCUCGCCAUGUACCCGCACGGUUUCUGA